CCUCCCUCGUAGUGCGCAGAUGUGGAUGUGACGCACUUGGUUUGUGGGGCUGUGUUCGCUUGUAUUUCGUUGCUAGCGGUUAACCCGGCCAACCUGUGGGACAGGCAUGUGGAAGACACGUUAAUGUCCACGAGAGUGGCAAUUUGGUUAAUUCAUUCUGGGGAAAAAAAACCGCAUUCGUAAAUUGGGUUAAUACCACCGUCAGUUGGAGGCGGUUGAAUUUCGUCUCUGCGUGGAGCUGAAUCGGAAAUCAUCGGAGCAGCGGGACAAGACAAGGAGAAAUGUCGCACCGCUCAUCCUCCCGUGGUUCAUCUCGGGCCACCGACUGUAAAGUGUACGUGGGAGACUUGGGCAACGGUGCCGCCAAGGGGGAGUUGGAGCGAGCGUUUAGUUAUUAUGGCCCACUGAGAACCGUCUGGGUGGCCAGGAACCCACCUGGGUUUGCCUUUGUGGAGUUUGAGGAUCCCAGAGAUGCAGAAGAUGCUGUGAAAGGCAUGGAUGGAAAGCUUCUCUGUGGUUCACGUGUACGCGUGGAGUUGUCAACUGGCCUCUCCAGGAAGGGCCGUGGGCGCCCCAGCCGACGGCAGUUCGACCCCACCGAUCGGUGUUACCAGUGUGGGGACCGAGGCCACUACGCUUACGACUGCUACCGCUUUAGCAAGCGAGGAGGCCGCCGCAGCAGGUCUCGCUCCCGUUCUCGGUCCCGGUCCAGAUCUAGGUCCAGGUCCCGCGGGCGCCGUUAUCGCUCUCGUUCCCACUCCCGCAGCCGGAGCCAAAGCCGGAGCCGCCGUCGUUCUCCAUCCUAUUCCAGACGCAGGAGCAGGUCCGGCUCCCCAGCCCGCUCCAAGUCAAGGACUCCAGUGAGAAGAAGUCGCUCCAAGUCUCGGUCUCGGUCCGCCUCUGCGCCCAGAAGGCGCUCCGCCUCCCGCUCACGAACCCCAGCGGCCAAUCACAAGAGGAAAAGGAGAGGGUCAGUUAUGUUCUUAACAGAAGUAGGUGCUCCAUCCUAGGCAGGGAAUGGCUGUUUAAAUAGACCCUCCUUCCACCCGAGAGCGCCAUGCUGCCGCCAGACAACUGCCGCCUGACGGUGAGAUGGACGAGCAGCGAGACCCCUUCGGCGGCGAGAGAUUCUGCGUCUUCUGCCUCUGCUGCUGGACAGCAGUGGAGUGGGAGAGGGGUAGAGGACAGUGACCCGGGCCCUCUGUCCGGUGUAUGGAAGUAAUAAGUAGAUGAAAGAUUAGCAGCUAAAAACCAGUGAGAUGAACAAUAUCCUCUGUACUCUUUUCCUUUUGAUCUCACCCACCAUAGAUGUAACUUAAUUCUACAGGAAAUUCAGGGCUGUGAGCGCUAGAGGGACAAUUGUAUUUAUUGGUUUUUAACGAGUGUUAAAUAAAGACUGUCAAAGUAGGGCUGGGCGAUAAUUUAAUAUGAUAAUUUAUUCAGGAUAAUAUUGUCUAAAUUGAUAAUAACAAGCACAUACAGGAUAUAUAUAUAUAUAUAUAUAUAUAUAUAUAUAUAUAUAUAUAUAUAUAUAUAUAUAUACACAUACAUACUUAUGUUAAUGAAAUUACAAAAUACUUAAUUUGCACUAUAUUAUAGAAUAUGGGAUUUACCAAAUAGUUAUUUUAUAUAGUCUAUUUAUUUAUUUAUGACUGGAAAACAUGCUAUAUCGUGAUGUGUGUGUAUAUAAUUAUUUUGGCCGUAUCGCCCAGCCCUAGGUCCAAGGUAGUAUUGUAAAUGUUUUUACCUUUUUCUUAAAUUUAGAUGCCCUUUCCUGAAUUUGGCUAAAUCAAUUGAACUCUCCAGAGAGACAUUAGCUGACAUAAAAAAAAAAGGGACAACUACACCAUUGGUGUGAAAUUUUAAGUUAAGCAUCUUUGCAGCACAGUUUUGUUUAUUUUUCAUAUUUUCUUUAAAGCGUGUGGUGGGAGCUGAGCACUGCACUGACACCGCAGCUGACACCAGGCCCAGGGUCUGCCAGCUGGCGGUGUGCACGUCCUGCGGGAGGGUGACUAAGCGCUGACCUGAGAUCAGCCUUCGCCUGCAUCCGGUGUUAGACAGCGAGAAAGAGGUCGACCUACCGACCGACCCCUCCCACGCAGUGAAUGGGCGACCCCGUCUGUUCAACCGACGCACACGCUCAGACGAGAUCCGCCCUCGCACACAUACAGUAGCUCUGCUAGAGUCACCCAGCCAGCCAGCCUUCAGACGUACCAGAGGGCCGACCCGCACAGAUCAGAGCUCGACCGUUUAAAAUCCAUUACCUACCUACCAGACCCCUACCUACCAGAGUUCUUCGGCCUCUGUCUUAGCUUCUGAGAGUGAGAGCUGACGAGAGAUCAGUCUUCAAGAGCCUUCGCAGCGCAGUGUCUCUCCAAGUUGUAGUCAUCCGUCCUACAGUCCUUUCAUCCUUCGCUUCUCUGUACUUGUUGUUUCUGCCACUGUCUCCAAAGGUAACCAAAAAUCAAACCCCCUGACAAGCUCAUGUUCAUAGUGAAAGAUAAUGCACAGGGUUGAUGUAGUUUUGGGAAUACAACUGGUGAUUGUCAAGCUAAAGUUGAGCCUUUUUUUACAAGCAUGCUCAGAGUAGGUGUGUGUGUGUGUGUGUGUGUGUGUGUGUGUGUGUGUGUGUGUGUAUCUGCAUGCGAGUGGAUGAGUGAGUACAAGAAAGGAAGGCAAGAUGUUUUCUUUUAAUAGGCUGAUAUCUCUGAGGAGGCUUUGUCAGAUAUGUUUUAUUUAUGUGCCAUACAUGUUUGCAACAUCAUUACCAUUUAAGGCUGCUUUACCAUCCGAGUACAGUGGAAACCGCUUGAGACCAAAUCGUUCCUAUAAAGAUGGCUGUUUGGAUUGUUUACCCCGUAGUAACCAAGAAGUCCGCUUCCACUGGACAUGCUGUGUACAUACAGAAUCCUUUUCCGCCCUACAACAGAUUCUGGGUUGUGUUACGUUACUCUGUAGUCGACACGUACACAUAGAGACAGUUGUGGCUGCUGGCGAUGGAGGCGGAAAGCAUAUGUGCACUUGCAGCUGUGCUGUGAAAGUAGAUCAAACUCAGCAAAUUGCGAAUCUGUCCGUUUAUGUAAAACGGUCUAAUAUGUCAAUUAAACCGUAUUCUGCAAGAGAAAUAAAUAAACAAAAUAUAUCUAAUAAUCACCCACUCUGGAUCCAAAUUGAGCCCGAGAGACCUGAUUACUUUUAAGAGGUUUCCACUGUACUUGUUUUAGUGCCCAAACUUGGUACAAUAAUAAUGGUGGCUUUCAAAUGUGCAGUUGGUAUAGAAUAGUUUCCAUCCGACCCGUAGACACAAGGAUUAAGUUCUAAAUCUCUCCUCAGAGCAGUAACCAUGCUAACAAUUUGCAGGUGAGAGCUGCGUCAGUUAUUAGAGUUUUUUUAGGGGGGUGGGGGGGGGUUAAUUGUGUAUUUAGCUUUUUGACCCUGGGCAGUUUGAAAUACAAAGAUUAGUUGCCUCAAGACAGAUUUAAUAUUAUCUUUGAUAUGAAUGUUUUAGUUUGAGGCCAAAAGAGGUUUUCAGAUCCCAUGCAGUCAGGGACUUUGUUAUAAGGUGUAUGUACACUGUCAAGAUGAGUAAUGUGUUGUUUUUAUUGUGUGUGUGUGUGUGUGUGUGUUCUUCCAUCCUCCCCUGCAGCGAGCUAACCCCUCUCCCUUUCUGUUUCAGUCGCUCCCGUUCAGCAAGUCAACACCGAAGCCCCACGGCAGCAGGCGACUGAGUGAAGAAGAUUAGUUAGUUUUACCCCCGCCCGCCCUGCACCCUGUCUGCUUUUACAGCCCUACAGCAGCUUUUUUUGUAAUUAUUUUUUUUUUUAACCUGUCCGUUUAUCCCUAGUCUUUCUUUUCUUUUUUUUCCCAGGGCUGUAGUUGUUAGUGCAGCCUCCUCCUAUUGUUGAAGAUUUAGUCAGUAUAGCAGCCAAAAAUCAGUUUCCAUUUGAUAGAGAUUGUUUUUUUCGAUGUUUCUGCUGCUGCAUGUCUUAUCUCUCUCCUGAAGUCGCGUUUUAUGUGUGAGAAGAAACACCCGUGUUAGGGCAAUGCCGAAUGUUGCCGUUGACAUUUGACAGCGAUUAGUGCGGCUUGUACAGCAGAUUGAUUUUUUUGUGGAAGAUAGGCCCAGUCGAUGCGGUUCUCGAGGGUGAAAUCACUUGAAAGUCCCAAACAUUUCUCAUCCACAAAAUAUCUUUCCCCCUUUAAGAAUCGGCAAUACGAUCAAUAAUUUCCUCUUUUUAUUUUUUGAUUGAGUUAAAUGCUGGUAUAAGUCGCCGCUUGCGACGGCAUCAGGAGGUAGUUGCUGGCCCGCAUGCCUUUAAAUACGAUGUCACAUUCCUACUGUUUGUUGUUUCUGUGCUGCACUGCCCCUUUUUAUGAGCCUGUUCACUGUGCUGAAUAGAUUUCCCCCAUGUGUUGAUCUCCGAUUUUUUCCAGUGUCUUUUUAAUUUUAAGAUAUUAUACAGUGCUGUCAUUUGAUUUCUGUAAGGGCUGCUUUGACAGUUGUGUUGUGUUCCUGGCUUGAUUGGUAAGACAGUGGCAGUUUUAUUUUUGAAUAAACCUCUUCAACAUA